AUCUUGUGCCUGUAACCAGAGUACGACUAACACUGACUGCGUUUCCUUGAUACGCCUGUUUAUACAUGAACAUUGUGUUGGAGCAGUAUGGCAAAUUUUAUUGAAAGUCACAGGACUCAUCACGGCUACAAAACAGAGAUUCUGACAGGAGAAAGUCAACUUGAUCCAAAGUUUUUGUGUCCCCUUUGUAAGUGUCUUCUCAAGAAACCUGUUCAGAAUUUAUGUGGCCACAGAUUUUGUGCUGAAUGUCUGAGAGAAGUUACCAGUAAAAAUGAGGACGUAAUAUGCCCAGCAUGUGAAGGAGAAGAUGAAGUGAUAGAAGAUGAAAGUCUUUUGAGCAUUGGAAAGGUAUUUCCUGAUGUUGCUCUUAUCCGAGAUAUGGCAAAGUUAGACGUAACCUGCCCUCACAGCAACUGUCAGUGGAGUGGAAAGUUUGGUGAAAUGCAGAAACAUGAGGAUGUGUGCCCACAAAAACCCUGUGAACAUCCCCAGUGCAAGGGGACCCAUCCACAAGUUUGCUGUCCUAACAAAAAAGAUCGCUGUCAAUCUUGUGGAUUGCAGAUGACUCUGAAGCAACUGCAGAGCACCCAUCCUUCAGAAUGCCCCAAAGCAUGUGUCACUUGUUCGAUCUGUGAAUCUGUAAUGCUUCGUGAAAAUUUUUCCACACACUUGCAGCAAUCUGGAAAUUGUGGUAGUGCACUGGAAUUGUGUGCUUUUGGCUGCACAGAACCUAUUGAAAAAGAUUUGUAUGAUAAGCACAAAUGUGAAAGUGCACACAUUCAUUUGGACAAGCUAAGAGUGGAGUUGGAAGAACUGACCGUGACUGAAGGGGAGAGUUCACAGGAAGUGCCCGAAGACAUCAAAGAGAAGCUAAGACUCAUGGCCACAUCCAUGAAUGAUCUAGAUGACAAAAUUGGCAACUUGAAAUGCAAGGUACAGCGGCUUAAUACAAAUCAUGUGGAGGAUUCAGGAAUAGGUAGUAGUAUUUUCAGCACGCUUGGUGCAGAGGGCGGUGGAGAGGCAAGUUUGGUGUCGGCAGUUGAACCAAGGCAGAGAGGAAUGGAUGGUGUUGAUGGAAACUCUGUGGCAAAUUCUCUUCAACUGCCAAAUAGCACACCUCUGAAUCAGUUGAAAAGCAGCUUGCAGGUCAUUGAUAACAAGGUAGCAACGUUUGAAGGGAUCAUGGCUGUUCUGGAUAAUGAGGUAGAAAAAUGCUCCAAGCAGCUUGAGAACUUUGAAAGGGAAAGACGCAGAGAGAGAGAAAGGAUCGACGUCCAGGAACGCAACAUCAAAAGCUUAGAGAGAGCCAUUGCUCUCAAAGAUGUUGCUCUCGCAGAACAAGAUCUUCGCAUCCAGGCCUUGGAAUUGGCAUAUUUUGAUGGCACUAUGAUAUGGAAAAUUGACAAUUUUGCCCGUCGAAGAGAAGAUGCCAUUCGUGGUCGUGUAACAUCAAUGUACUCCCCUUGUUUCUAUACAAGCCGUACAGGUUACAAGCUUUGCUGCAGAAUCUACCUAAAUGGUGACGGCAUGGGAAAGGGUUCUCAUGUCAGCUUAUUCUUUGUCGUCAUGAGAGGUCAAAAUGAUUCACUAUUGAGAUGGCCAUUUCAGCAAAAAGUCACAUUCAUGAUGAUCGACCAGAACAACCGUGAGCAUGUGCUGGAUGCCUUCAGACCCGAUCCAACCAGCUCCAGCUUCAAACGCCCCACGUCUGAGAUGAACAUUGCCUCUGGUUGUCCUCUGUUUUGUCCUCUUAGUCAUCUCCAAGAUUCCAGACAUGCAUACGUCAAAGACGAUACAAUGUUCAUUCGUAUUAUAGUUGAUUGUAGUGGUCUGUAAGUUGUAGAGUUUAUAUUAAUUAAAAUUUUUGGCGAUGGAUGCCUUUUCUACAAGGUGUUUAUUUCUGAUACCUCUGCCUUAUAUCGUGAAUAGUGCAGACAAUAAAUUUCUUGUACCUUGUUGCUAUCACAUUGCAGGACAAAAAUGCAUAAUUAAAAUAGAAUUAUGACAUAAGCUAUGCUUCAGAUUAACUUUUAUGGUCUUAAGAUCUGUAUUGGGAAAUAUAAGAAGCUUUGCAAAGAUAGAAAUAGUACUUGUUUGUAAGAUAGAAAACCAUAUACCGAUAAAAUUCUUUUUCUUUAGGGGCUGCAGCUUUCUAUAUUAAUUUACACAUGCAAGUAUUGCCAUUUCCAAGAUAUGACUUUGACCUUCCAUGGGCCUUAAUUUAUAGGCCCUUAGCUAGUUACUUGUUCUCAGUGUCCAUCUUACCUAUG